ACCAGCAACCGCACCUGUACGACAAUCUCACCCAGCUGAUGGGCGAUAUGAUGCUGAACAAGGAGUUUGCCAAGGAGCAUGGGAUUCCGACGGAUUCCGGGUACUCUGUGUCCCCGCAUCACUCGGGCGUCUAUCCAGCGCACGAGCUGCUUUACAUUGCGUGGAAGAAGGUUUGGAACAUUCGUGUCACGUCGACUGAGGAGUAUCCUCAUCUGCGACCUGCACGGCUACGGAGAGCUUUCAUUCACCGGAACAUCAUGGUGCUACCGCGGCAAACCUGUGGACUGUUCACGCACACGAUCUGUAUCAACAGUUAUCCGGGUGGGCGCGAAAAGCUCGACGAAUCGAUCAGUGGCGGUGAACUGUUCCAGACGAUCGUUUACAAUCCGAUCAACAUUUUUAUGACGCACAUGUCGAACUAUGGCAACGAUCGGUUAGCGCUGUACACGUUCGAGUCCGUGUUCAAGUUUCUGCGCUGCUGGACCAACCUGAAGCUCACCUCCGUCCCACCGUUGCAGCUCGGUGAGCUGUACUUUAAGCUGCACCCGGAGGAGCGCGAUCCGAUCUGGGGUAACCCGGCGGACGAUCCGAAACAUGCGAAGAUCUGGGCGGGCAGCAAACGGCGCACGACGCUACCGAAGCUACUCGUUCUUGGUCCCCAGAAGACGGGUUCGACGGCGUUCUACACGUUCCUCAGUAUGCACCCGGCCGUCUCGAGCAAUCUACCCAACACGGACACGUUCGAGGAGAUUCAGUUCUUCAACGGGAACAACUACUACCGGGGGCUCGAGUGGUAUCUGGACUUUUUCCCGCUGCAACCGAACGAUACGGACGAUAAGUUUAUGUUCGAAAAGUCGGCCACGUACUUCGACGGGGAGCUCGUCCCCAAGCGUGCCCAUGCGCUGCUACCGAAGGUCCAACUCGUCACCAUCUUGAUAUCGCCGGCCAAGCGGGCCUACUCGUGGUACCAGCACAUCAAGGCCCACGGUGAUCCGAUUGCAAACAACUACAGCUUCUAUCAGGUCAUAACGGCAACGGAAGCGGAACCGAAAGCGUUACGUGAUCUGCGUAACCGCUGUCUCAACCCGGGCAAGUACGCACAGCAUCUCGAGCGCUGGCUUGCCUACUACCCGCAGCAGCAGCUGCACAUCAUCGACGGAGAGCAGCUCAAAUCGAACCCGAUCAGCGUAAUGAUGGAUCUGCAGCGGUUCCUCAAGCUACCCCCGUUCGAUUACAGUCAACAUCUACGCUUUGACAAUAAGAAAGGUUUCUACUGCCAGGUAGUCGCGGAUAAUCGCAACAAGUGUCUCGGCAAAUCGAAGGGUCGCCAGUAUCCACCGAUGGAUGAACGGAGCGCCAAAAUGCUACAAAAGUAUUAUCGGAUACACAAUCAAGCGCUGGUGAAGCUACUGAAGAAGCUCGGUUCACGACCCAUUCCUCAGUGGCUAAAGGAAGAUCUAUCGGUGACCCCCUAACAAACGUCGCAACGACGCUGUUACGAGAUAUCAUGAGAACAGAACAGAAGGAGCAUGAGCUGACCAACAAAAACAACAAAAAAACAACAAACGUUGCCGUAUCGUGCGUAUAGUGCCGCGUGUUCCACUUACUAUUAAGAUGUUAAGUAGCAGAGUAUGGAAGGAGGAUGUGUAGAGCUGCUUUUGUAAGCAUAUUACAGGUACACGAACGAGCGCACCACCAGGCGAGGUAAUCGUUAAAAUGCGGGUACAAAGAGGAGGGAAACCAGGUGGUGUUUAGUUAUAAACGAACGAUCGAGCUCGAGUCGUCGUCACUCAGCUUAGCAAUUAGUUUCUUUCAACUCUAAGUUCGAUUAGUUGGCUAUUUGUUAAGCACCUUUGAUGAGCUGUGAUGAGAUGAGAACCGUGUAUCAUAGAUUAGACUCCGUAGGCGCCUCCCUCUUCUUUAAAUUUUUUUUUUACUUCGAUUAUGGAGACGUUAUUGUGUUUGGAGAAAGAGACGCAACGCCAACCACUGUGACGUUCGAAAAAAAUACCUCAACAAAAACGGAUUCAAUUCACCGCAACUGUCGCUGUCGCCAAAGGGCUUUUGGUGGGAGCAAAAUUCUGCGUUCCGUUUCCACUGUGAACGCGCAUUUUCGCCUUCGUUAAUAAGUGGCGCUGCAGAUUGCGUUUAGCGCAGGCCAUAUCACGUGCUACAAAUCGUGUGCCGUAAUCAGGGUUUUUCUUUAGAGACUAACUAUAAAAACUAUAAUUUAAUCGUUAUUUAAACCACAUCAUGGUGCCCAAUUUAGCGAUGCUCUUUACGUCAAGUCUCUCUGUGCGCCGGGUCAAAAGCCACGAUGGCACGGUGCUAACGGUUGCCCUUUACAGUGUUUUUGGCACCGGAGUCGUACUUAUCGUCAUGUGGAAAGGUGCAUUCCACUAGCUUGAGUUUCUCUUUUUUACCUCGUACUUAAAAACCAUCAGGUUAUUCGUUCAUAACACCACGCGCAUGGUCAAGGCAGCUACUGAAAGCAAGAUAGAAGCAGAUGGCAACGUCCUGGAUCCGUUUUCUUUCUUUGACUCUUAGCAAAACAAAAGUGAGGAAAUUGAAGUACGCGUGGUGACCGGAAUGUGAAUUACAAAACUGUACCAAAAACGUAAAACAAACAUGAACAAUUACAUUGCAAAAUCAUGCGAUCAUAAGAAACACGAAAGCAAAUAUUUAACAUAUCGAAGAAGAAACUCAAUGAGGAAACCGUACCGUCGUAAAGUAAGCAAACUUAGUUUCGGUUUUCGGCAGAUUACAGACUACAACUAUCAUGGCCAGUAUUUCGUUGCUUGCUUGGGGGAAGUUCCAGUCGCUGACCCGUUUUUUUUUUCAUUAUGAUUCAUUAGCAUUCAAUGUUCCUGCCAUUGCUGCUAAUAAAAAACUGUAUCAAUUGAGCAUUAUUCGGCCGGAUAAGAGAAUCAGCAGAACUAGUAAUGUUCCUUUACUAGUUCUACUUCUUCUUAGUGGAAGGAAACUAGCUAUAUUUACAGUGGCAGCAGCUCACUAGUAUGUGCAUUGCAACAAUAAACCAGUAGAGCGUUAUCUCUGGUAUCGGUCCAUGCACAGCUAUCUAUGUUGUAAGUACUAGAUAGGAACAAACGAAUGCCCAAGCGAUUGGUUAGUACGAGAGUACGCCGUGCCGCGCAUAUUGCAAACGGUCGCAGAAGGGACUAACUGUAAUAAAUAACUGUUAAAACGAUACGGACUAGCAGAUCAGCGAACAGUAUGACGAGCUUGGAUGUGAAGUAAUGCAAUGCGGUCGUGUGAUUAAGAUUGAGUGCAAACUCGGGAAGAUGGUUGGGAUCCCAAAAAUAAGUCAUUUUUGCGUAGAAUUAGCGCAACUGCUAAAGACGUUGUACAUAUGAUCUGUAAAAGGAUGCUGCUAGCUGAUCGAUUAAUGGCGAAAUGGAAACGAUGAAAAUGAUCAAGAAAAUAAAGAAGCCAGUUCAAUUGACUGUAAAUAAGUGCAA